AUCGCCAGAUAAAGAGGAGUGAAUCAGGGCAAAUCUUAAAUCGCCACCGGCUCUCGGUCGUGAACACUCGCUUCCUUGUUUCUCUCUUUUUGAGUUGACGUUACAAAGACAGGAGGGGUUUCUCAGACAUGAAACUUGCCGUAGUCCUGCUCGCCGCCCUGCUCCUGCUCGGGUCCUCGGUGGACGGGUGGCGCCGCCGCCGCCGCCGAAGUUGCUCGCGGGUCGACUGUGCCUGGGGGGAGUUUCAGCCUGUCGGCUCUUGUAGCUCAUCAUGUGGUGCAAAAGGCACGCAGUUUUACACACGUUCGGUGAAAACGCAGAGUUCUUGCGGUGGGUCCAAAUGUUCAGGCUCGACGUUCGAAGUGCGGGAGUGUGUUCCCGCGGUGCCCUGUCGUAACGGCGGGUCAUGGACAGGGUCCACCUGCGCAUGCUCAAAGGCAUACACCGGAUCCUGUUGCGAAACCAAGGUUAUCUGUCGUCCUUUGGAUCCUCCCAUCAACGGAGACGUGUCCCACCCUUCCACCGGAUAUGGCGACAAGGCCACGUACUCGUGUAAACCCGGCUUUGAACUGGUCGGCGCCAAGAUAAGGACGUGUGGUGAGAACGGGUACUGGGAAGGCUCCAGUCCUUACUGCACACGCGGGCAGUGCCCCGCGCUUACCUUAGACCCCAACGGAGUUCUGUACGGAGGAACCUACACAGAGGACGUCAUCAACAUCGUCUGUAAUCCUGGGAACGAGCCGAACGGAACCAUCACCUCUCUCACCUGCAACCCGGACCACACCUGGAGCCACGCCCAGCCGUUCUGCUCAGCCGUGGAGUGCCCGCAGCUGCCCCCUCCUCUCAACGGAGACUCAUCCGGAGGCCGGUCCUACCUCAGCACCGUCACGUUCUCCUGUGACCCUGGGUACGAGCUGAGAGGCAGCUACUCCCGGACGUGUCUGUCUGACGGAACCUGGACUGGGAUCCAGCCAGACUGUGUCCUGGAACAGUGCGCCUGCCUAGAGGCUCCCCUGUACGGCAGUAUUAUAUACAACACUGACGGACUGAGCGGCUGUGACGUGGGCUGUAUGGUGUCCUUCUCCUGUAACCCCGGGUACCUGCUGCAGGGCAGUACCACCCGGACCUGCCAGGUGACGCAACAGUGGACCGGAUCACAACCUGUUUGCAUCAAGGCACACUGUGAUCCACUUGACAUUCCCGCUAACGGCAUGAGGUUUGGAGGCACCGCCUUCAUGGACCAGGCCACCUUCACGUGUAACACUGGGUACGAGAUCAUGGGCAGCAGCACGCUGACGUGUCAGAACGACCAGACGUGGAGCGGGACAGAACCUUCGUGUGUCCGCUCGCAGUGCCCCGUGUCGCAGCCGCCCGCCCAUGGAGCAGUAACGGGAGGGAACUCGUUCGGAGACACGGUGACGUACGAGUGUGAGGUGGGCUUCGGGCUGGUGGGGAACCCCACACGGAGCUGCAUGGCCACCAAGACGUGGAGCGCACCAGAUCCUAUCUGCGAAUUGAAGACCUGCCCAGCAGUAACCGCUCCCGACCAUGGCGCGGUGACCGGCGGGAACGCGUACGGCGAGGCGGUGACGUAUUUCUGUGAGACAGGGUACGACAUGAUCGGCACCUCCAUACGACUGUGUCAGGACAACCAGGAGUGGAGCGGUAACCAGCCGUACUGCACAAAGGUCCAGUGCAGCACCCUGAACCCGCCGAAGUUCGGCUCUGUGUCGGGCGGGCAUGAGUACGGCGACACGGUGCAGUUCAGCUGCUGGACGGGCUACACUCUGACGGGCAGCAGCAGCAGGACGUGUCAGGAGGACGGUCUGUGGACCGGUGCACAACCCACAUGUGCAGAAAACGAAUGCCCAGAGCUGGACUCCCCUCCAAACGGUUACAAGACGGGUGGAAAUGGCUAUGGUGAUACCGUCAUCUUCUACUGUAACAGCGGCUAUCAGAUGACUGGACCUGCCCCUGUAGUCACGCGCACCUGUCAGGCCGACAAGACUUGGACCGGUCUACAGCCAAGCUGCACAAGACAACAGUGCCCCGCCCUGUCCCGGCCAGCCAACGGAAACAUGACAGGCAGCAACUUCUAUGGCGACAUGGUCUCCUUCACAUGCGACCCUGGGUACGAGCUGAGCGGCAGCGAUACCAGAACCUGUCAAGCCAAUCAGCAAUGGGAUGGAACCCAGCCGACCUGUGGCAGGGUGCAGUGCCCACCACUGGCUCCUAUAUCCGACGGUCAGAUGAGCGGAAACAACUUCUUCGGCGACCGGACAACCUUCGUCUGCAACACUGGGUACGAGCUGAGCGGCAGUACCUCCCGCUCCUGCCAGGCGGAUCGCACCUGGUCGGGAACACAAACAUCGUGUAUCAAGAAGCAGUGCCCAGGUCUGUCCGCUCCCGCCAACGGCAACGUCACGGGAGGGACGUACUUUGGCGACACGGCUUCCUACACAUGCGCAGAAGGGUACGAGCUGACGGGGAGUGCGGAGAGAACGUGUCAGGCCAGUCAGCAGUGGAGCGGCAGGGAGCCCGCGUGUCAGAAAAUCGAAUGCCCAAUGCUGGACGCACCACCAAACGGCGGAAUCAACGGGACCAACUACUACAAGGACACCGUGGCGUUUGAAUGUAACGUUGGUUACGAACUGGUCGGUAGUCAGCAGCGAACCUGUCAGAGCAGCAGGCAGUGGACAGGAGUACAGCCGUACUGUGAGAAGAAGCGCUGCCCACAGCUGACCGUCCCUGCAAAUGGAGCAGCCAAUGGCGGGACAUAUUACGGCGACACGGCCUCGUUCUCGUGCGACCCUGGGUACGAGUUGGUGGGUAGUGCCGUGCGCACGUGUCAGGCGGACGGACAGUGGAGCGGUCUGCAGCCGACAUGUAACAUAAAGCAGUGUGCGCCCCUCAUCGCCCCUGCAAACGGCUCCGUCAGUGGAGGUCACGUGUUUGGUGACCAGGUGACUUUCUCCUGUGACAUUGGAUUUGACCUUGUGGGAGUACCCAUCAGGACUUGCGAGGACAACCAACAGUGGAGUGGAGUACAACCAAGCUGUACAAAGAAGCAGUGCAGCCGCCUCACACCUCCUCGUAACGGUGUUCUCACCGGGGGCUUCUCUUUUGGAGAGGUUGUGACGAUCACGUGUGACCCUGGGUACGAGCUCAUCGGAAGUCGCACCAGGACCUGCGAAGCAAACGGGCAAUGGACCGGUUCUCCGUCUCAAUGUCAGAGAAAAUGCUGCAGUCGCCCUUCCGUUCCCAACGGCGAGUACAUGGGGACUUACUGUUUCAAUGACACGGUGACCUUCAGCUGUGACCUCGGACAUGAGCUGGUGGGUGACGUUAGCCUGACCUGUACUGAGACUGCGCAGUGGAGUAACCAGUUACCAAGCUGCCAGAAGAGGUGCUGUGACGGCUCCAUCAUAGUCGCUGACGGGUCCGUCAGUCUCCGCCCGGACAACUGUUACGGCAGCAUCGCUGACAUCAGCUGUAACCAUGGCUACGAGCUUACUGGGAACCAGUAUGUCGUCUGUAAUGAGAGCGGCAAGUGGGAUGGGGAGAUGCCCACUUGUCAAGAAACGUGCUGCGGCGAACCCGGGGCCAUACGGAACGGCAUGAGUAACUCUACCGGGCUGUGUUUCGGUGACGUGGCUACGUUCACUUGUGAAGACGGCUUCCUUCUGAAGGGCAACGCUACCCUUGUGUGCGACGCUAACGGGUCCUGGGGACCAACACCGUUCUGUGAACCAUACAGCCUGUGUGAUCGAUCGAACUUAGCUGCUCCGUCAGCCGGGUCUAAGAUCUGCUUCCAGAGCCCCCAGGGUACCACGCCUGUGGAAUACUGUCAGAUGCACUGCAACGCACCGAAGGUGUACAACAGGAAUGAAGACAUGUACGAGUGCAGUGUGGAGACAUCGUGGCUGUGGAAGAUCAGAAUCUACCUCCCCGCCGGGCAGCAGCUGCUGACUUAUGUAGACGUGGGACAAUGUUCAGCUCCGUCCAACCCAUUCGCUGCUGUCACCGUGGGAGGGCUGGUCAUCAACGCCAACGCACCUCUGGACGUGGCGGCUAUCGAAGCUGAGAUGAGGCGGAUCCUUCAAUCGUUAGGACUGUGCAACGAUCCCUGUCAGAUCGGCGAAAUAGUAGUUGAAACAGCCCCCAAUGCAAGAUCUGGACCGCGACUUCGGAAGCGCAGUGCAGGCAUCCAGUACCAGGUGUCUGUGCACCUGCUCGCCUAUGCCGACAUGAGCCAGGUGACCCCGACUAACACCAUACAGAUGGAGUGGGUUCGACUGGCAGGAGAACUCAGCCAAGUUGCCUCGGGCCUGCAAACUCUGGUUGCUUCAGGAGACGUGAUGAUGUCAGUGGACGGCAGCCCGUUGACGGUUAUGGACGGGGGAUUCCACACGUCACAACCGAACCUGGGCUGCAAGGAAGGCGAGCUGCUCCAGGGCAUCGAAUGUGUUCCAUGCGGCCCCGGCACAUACCAUGACGUGUUUGAGCAGGCCUGUCGUCCCUGCCCUUACGCCACCUACCAGGACCAGUACGGGCAGACGGACUGCAAACUGUGUCCUAACGGGACCACUACGGACAAGAGUGGGGCCAUGGAUGUUUCGAAAUGCAAAGCGUUUGAAGACUGUAACUGUGGGAUCCACCCGUGUGAGCUGACCCCGCAGGGAUACGAGUGCACCUGUCUGCCUGGAUACCUGCUCAGCGCUAACGAGGAGGAAGCGUCGUGCGUUGACAUUGACGAGUGCCAGCAGCCAGACGUCUGUCCCGGUGCCAGGUGUGUCAACAGACCAGGGACCUACUCCUGCCAGUGUCUGGAUGGGUACGAGGAGCCCAACUGUAUUGACAUAGACGAGUGUCGCUAUGCCGGGUUCUGUCCAGACAACUCCAACUGUACCAACACUGACGGCAGCUACUACUGCACCUGUCAUGAGGGCUAUCACGGGGACGACUGUCUAGAUAUAGACGAAUGCCAAAGCGAAACCCUGAACACCUGUGGACCUUACGAGCACUGUGUCAACACCGAGGGAUCCUAUACCUGCUCAGACUGUAACAGGUAUGAGGACAGGUGCUUCACCCUGUCUACUUCCACUGCUACGUUUGCCGAGGCUGAACAGAGGUGUGCAGAAGAGGGCGGUAUCCUGGCUACAGUCCCGGACAGGGAGACACAGCUGUUCCUCAUGCAGCUAGUGGGCAGCAGGGACACGUGGAUCGGGCUGGACGACAGGACGGAUGAGGGGCAUUUCGUGUGGAGUGACGGGACUCCGCUAGGUGCUGGGUACAGCUACUGGACAUUAGGUGAGCCUAACGACGGAGGAAACCCCACCACGUCCCAGGACUGUGUGCACCUGUGGCCCGCCGCCGGGUUCAGGUGGGACGACCAGCAGUGCGGCCGGAGGGAGUACUACGUCUGUCAGUUCAGCGCGCUUCCCCGCCCCAACGGCAGCGCGGACGGGUUUUUAGAUUGAUCGAACGACAAACUCUCACACUAACGCUUUGUAGAUACACAGACAUCCUUCUGAGUAGCAGGUUCCCUAAGAAGUACAUAUUUGAUCCCUUGUGGAACCAAGACAAUGUAGGAAAGCAUGUAACCCUAAGUGAAAUCACAAUACGUUUGUUACAAAAGGAUACACUGUAAAAUAUUUCUUCUCAUCUAAAUCUUUAUGACACCGUUUAUGUCAAAACAAUAUUUAUCAGAUGACCUAUUUGUUUUGUUUUGUUUCAAAGUACAAAUAUACGAUUGUUCUAUCA